AUGUCGGAGAUGGAAUCCAGGCUAGCAAUUGUGAAAACAAUAGCUAGAAUGGAGAAAUCAAUUCAUGGCAACAUAGAGUCUAAGGCAGAAAUGAGAGCUGAAAUGGCAGAACCUAAAAAUGCUAUCAAUGAGAUCCAGUCUAAUCUAGAUAAUCUAAGAGCUAGGAUGGUUUCUACUGUGCAGCAUAUAAUGUAUAUUUUGACAGAUCAAGACAUCCUACGUAAACUGGAGAAAGAAAAGAUUCUUGUCUUCACACCAUCCCGAAGGGUCCAGGGCAGGAGAGUUGUCUGUUAUGAUGACCGGUUCAUAGUCAAAUUGGCUUUCGAUUCCGACGGCAUCAUUGUAUCUAAUGAUAACUACCGAGACCUUCAAGUUGAAAAGCCAGAAUGGAAGAAGUUUAUAGAGGAGCGGUUGCUGAUGUAUUCUUUUGUGAAUGACAAAUUUAUGCCUCCAGAUGAUCCUUUAGGACGCCAUGGCCCAAAUCUUGAAAAUUUCUUGAGAAAGAGACCUGUUGUUCCGGAGCAUAAGAAGCAACCAUGCCCUUAUGGCAAAAAAUGCACCUAUGGCCACAAGUGCAAAUACUACCAUCCAGAGCGGGCCAACCAACCACAGCGUUCGGUGGCUGAUGAGCUCCGCAUCAGUGCCAAACUGUCCACAGUGAAAACCGUGAGUGAAAGCACCCUGGCCAAGUGUGGCACAGGGUUGUCUAGUGCCAAAGGUGAGACAACCUCAGAAGUCAAGCGUGUGGCUCCCAAGCGCCAAUCGGAUCCCAGCAUCCGGUCCAUGGUUGUGGAGUCUGAGGAAUGGCUGUCCAUUGCCCGUAAGCCUGAGGCCAGCUCUGUCCCCUCACUUGUGACUGCCCUAAGUGUCCCCACAAUCCCACCCCCCAAAAGCCAUGCAGUGAGUGCACUCAACACCCGUUCAGCCAGCAGCCCAGUGCCAGGAUCCUCUCAUUUCCCCCACCAGAAGGCCUCACUGGAGCACAUGGCCAGCAUGCAGUACCCUCCGAUCCUGGUUACCAACAGCCAUGGGACCCCUAUUAGCUAUGCUGACCAAUACCCAAAGUUUGAGUCCUUGGGGGACCAUGGCUACUACUCAAUGUUAGGCGACUUCUCCAAACUGAACAUCAACAGCAUGCAUAAUCGAGAGUACUACAUGGCUGAAGCAGACCGAGGGGUAUAUGCCCGGAAUCCCAACCUCUGUCCUGACAACCGUAUGAGCCAUACGAGGAACGACAACUAUUCCUCUUACAACAACCUGUACUUGGCUGUAGCUGAUAGCCAUCCUGAAGGCAGUUUGAAGCUGCAUCGCUCCGCAUCUCAGAACCGUCUUCAGCCUUUUCCUCAUGGUUACCAUGACGCCUUAACGCGAGCGCAGAGCUAUGGCCCAGAAGAUUCUAAGCAAGCCCCCCACAAGCAGUCAGUCCCCCACUUAGUUCUGCAAGCCCAGCACCCAGCAACUGGAGCAUGCUCCAGCUGUCCUGGAGACUACCCUAUGACUCUCAAUAGCCAUCCUGGGGCAACACCUCAGCCAGGACGUGCCCUUGUAAUGACUCGGAUGGACAGCAUUUCUGACUCCCGCCUCUAUGAGAGCAACCCCAUGAGGCAAAGACGACCUCCUCUGUGCCGGGAACAACAUGCCAGCUGGGACCCACUGCCCUGUGCAACUGAUUCCUAUGGCUACCACUCCUAUCCCUUGAGUAACAGCCUCAUGCAACCAUGCUAUGAGCCAGUCAUGGUACGGAGCGUGCCUGAAAAGAUGGAACAGCUUUGGAGGAAUCCUUGGGUUGGAAUGUGCAAUGAUAACAGGGAGCAUAUGAUCCCAGAGCACCAGUAUCAGACUUAUAAGAACCUCUGCAAUAUUUUCCCUUCAAAUAUCGUCCUUGCAGUGAUGGAGAAGAAUCCCCACACAGCAGAUGCCCAACAACUGGCAGCUUUGAUUGUUUCUAAGCUUAGGGCUGCACGUUGA